AAGAGCAUAGUAAUUUCUUCCCUCUCUCCCCGAAAGUGUGCGAGUUGAGUCGACGACGGACGGACGGUGAAGGAAAUAUUCAACGAUCACCGGCGCGUCAGCCCCCGAGCGACGAGUAACUGACCGCCACGUGUCAAGGGCCUUCCGGUUCCGAGAAGAAGGCGACAUCGUCGGUUAAAACUUUCCGCCCAAAAAUUCAACCUGAAACCCCCCAUUCUUCUCUCUUUCAAACGAUCCCGCGGGAUGAGAUUUGUCCGCAAGAUAGACCCUUUGAUCAGCUGAAUCCCCCCAGAGGCGACAGCUUCUCUCCCCCUUCCUCUCUGCCACUCUAUCCAAAAACAGAGGAAAGGAAAAUCUUUGUUUCAUAGUCUCUGUUCUUUGUGGGGUUGGUUGAUUGGAUCGGAUCUUGGAAAAUUUGCUGUCAAGAUUGGAUAUUGAUCUCAAAUCAGUGAAACAACCCCAAUUAUGAUGGAGAGGGCAGAUUCUGGGCAGAAGCUGUUCACUCGCAUGAGACUCUGGGAAUUCCCCGAGCAGUAUGUUGUCGAGCCUACUGACGGGUCCAGUGGGUCCUUUCUAUCGAUCAGCCGCAACGAUGGGUCUAUGAAGCUGACUGAUGAUCUUCCGGAAUGCAGUUCCGUUCGAGUCCCAAAAAUUAGAAACAUUUAUGGUGUAAUCGGGAUGUUAAAGCUCAUCGCAGGGUCUUAUCUGAUAGUUAUAACCGGGCGUGAGUGUGUUGGGUCAUACAUGGGGCAUCCUAUCUUUAAAGCCACUUCCUUGAAGAUUCUUCAUUGCAAUCACGCACUUAAGAACUCUCCUGCGGAGCAGAAGAAAGUGGAGACCGAAUUCUCUGAGUUGCUCAAUGUUGCAGAGCAUACUCCUGGGCUAUACUUUUCCUAUGACACCAAUUUAACUCUAAGUUCUCAACGAUUGCAUGAAUUGGGCGAUGAGUCAAAACUGCUUCCUCUCUGGAGACAGGCUGACCCAAGGUUUCUUUGGAAUAAUUAUUUAUUGGAACUUCUCAUAGAUAACAAGCUCGACCCUUACUUGCUUCCUGUAAUCCAAGGGAGCUUUCAACAUUUUCAAGCCGCAAUUGGAAAAGAUAUUGCCGAUGUUACUUUGAUUGCACGGAGGUGUUCAAGGAGAAAUGGCACUCGGAUGUGGAGAAGAGGAGCAGACUCUGACGGCUAUGUUGCUAAUUUUGUGGAAACUGAGCAAAUAGUACAAAUGCACGGAUACACUGCAUCAUUUGUUCAGAUUCGAGGAUCCAUUCCAUUUACCUGGGAGCAAAUUGUUGAUUUGACGUAUAAACCCAAGUUUGAGAUUGUCAAACCCGAGGAAGCUCCCCGAAUUGCUGAGCGUCAUUUUCUGGAUUUGAGGAAAACGUAUCGGUCCAUAUUGGCUGUUGAUCUCGUCAAUAAGCAUGGAGGUGAGGGGCGCCUAAGUGAAAAGUUCUCAAACGCAAUGCAACGUGUUAGUAGUGAUGAUGUAAGAUAUGUGCACUUUGAUUUCCAUCACAUCUGUGGGCACGUUCAUUUCGAGCGCCUCUCUAUCCUCUACGAACAAAUCGAAGACUUCCUUGAAAAGAAAGGUUACCUUCUAUUGAAUGAGAGAGGGGAGAAAUUAAAGGAGCAGCUUGGAGUUGUGAGGGCAAACUGCAUUGAUUGCUUAGACCGUACCAAUGUCACUCAGAGCAUGAUUGCUCGAAAAGUAUUGGAGUGGCAGCUUAGAAGGAUGGGUGUCUUUGCUGCUGAAGAAACAAUCAAUAUGCACCCAAAUUUUGAUGAUAACUUCAAGAUCUUGUGGGCUAAUCACGGAGAUGAUAUAAGCAUUCAGUACUCCGGAACUCCUGCUCUAAAGGGAGAUUUCGUCAGGUAUGGGCAAAGAACAGCCCAAGGGAUGCUUAAUGAUUUCAAGAAUGCCCUCAUGCGGUAUUACUUGAAUAAUUUCGUUGAUGGAACCAAACAGGACGCGAUUGAUCUUCUGCAAGGGCAUUACAUUGUUUCAGUGAGCCGAGAUUUGACCGCUCCAUCACAGCAAGGAGGGCUCGAGGCAGUCGCUUCAUUUCCCGUGGCGCUUUCUGUCGUUAUGGCUGGACUCUUCCUUGCAUAUGUCUCUUUACGACAAGGCCCACUGAGUUUCCAGCGAGUGCUCUUCUCAUUACUUUGUGCGGGCAUGAGCGUCGGGAUAGUAUUUUUCGUGAAAGUCAAUGGUCGGGUCUUCUGCAACAGGCCCCGCCUCCACAAGCCCCGCUGAUCUCAAGCUUAAUGAUCUCCAAAGGGCUUUUCUCGUACUGUUAAAGCAUAUUCAAUUGGUUCCAAAUUUUUGUUCGACACGGUUCAAAUAUUUGCUGACUCUACAAUAUUCUUUCUACACACUACGUAAUUCAAACAUCUCUGCUGACGGCAACUUUUGUAUAAUUUUACGUUCCUUUUAAUGGACAACUCUUUCCAAGGUCUUGAUCGGGACUUUGCGUGUCUCAA